GUGUGUUCACACGCCAUAGGCUUUUCAAAAAAAAAUCUCUGGUUACUUUUUACAAAUGUAUUCUAUCAUCUCUGGAAUUUAGAAUGAAGAACUGAAAGACAUCAAAGUUGAGGAUAAAGAGGAAGAAGAAGAGAGGUUGGUGAGUGGAGAUCAGCCGUCUAUGGAGGAGGGGGAAAUGAUUAUGGAAAGUAAACAGGAGGAAUCUUCUCUACAUAAGGACACAAGUGGAUGCGAUCUCCAGAACGUCUCUGAGGGAAAUCCUAAUUUAUCUUCAAAUUGCGAGGCAAAUGACGACAUCACACAAUUUCCGGGAAAAAACUUUAUUUCUCAGAAUACACGGAGAUCAAUGGAUCCCUCCAGUGCUCAGGAGUCCUCUGAUGUAUCACAUGAUGUACCUUCAGAUCGACAUCUAAGAUCUCAAAGUAUGGAGAGAUCGUCAGAUCCAUCUACUCCUAAGAAAUCAUCCUCAAGACACGAAAGAGUUCGCACAGGAGAAAGUUCAUUGUCGUGUUCGGUGUGCGGGAAACCUUUCACUAAAAACAGUGCCCUUCUUAGACAUGAGAAAAGUCACACGAGUGAGAGUCCCUAUUCAUGUCCAGAGUGCGGGAAAUCUUUCACUAGAAAAAAAGAAUUUCUUAGUCACCAGAAAAGUCACACGGGUGAGCGUCCCUUUUCAUGUUCAGAGUGCGGGAAGUGUUUCAAUCAGAAAGGGAGCCUGGUUGCACACCAGAGAUGUCAUACAGGUGGAUUCGAUCUCCCGACUAUCUCUGAAGGAAAUCCUAAUUUAAAUUGCAAUGCAAAUGAUGACAUCACACAAUUUUCGGGAGAAAACUUUAUUACUCAGAAUACACGGAGAUCAAUCGAUCCCUCCAAUCCUCAGGAGUCUUCUGAUGUAUCACAUGAUGUACCUUCAGAUACUCAUCUAAGAUCUCAAUGUACGGAGAGAUCAACAGAUCCAUCUAAUCCCAAGGAAUCGUCCUCAAGACACGAAGGAGCUCACACAGGAGAGAAUUCAUUGUCAUGUUCAGUGUGCGGGAAACUUUUCACUAAAAACAGUGCCCUUCUUAGACAUGAGAAAAGUCACACGGGUGAGCGUCCCUAUUCGUGUCCAGAGUGCGGGAAAUCUUUCACUAGGAAAGAAGAAUUUCUUAGUCACCAGAAAAGUCACACGGGCGAGCAACCCUAUUCAUGGUCAGAGUGCGGGAAGUGUUUCAAUCAGAAAGCAAGCCUGGUUUCACACCAGAGAUGUCACACGGGUGAGCGUCCCUAUUUAUGUCCAGAGUGCGGGAAAAGUUUCAGUAAUAAACAAAAACUUCUUACACACCAAAGAAUUCACACAGGGGAACGUCAAUAUUCAUGUUCAGAAUGCGGAGAAAGUUUCCCUAAGAGAGUAGACUUUCUUAGGCAUCAGAAAGUACAUACGGGGGAGCGCCCCUAUUCCUGUUCAGAGUGCGGGAAAUGUUUCAUAAAGAAAUCAUACCUUCUUGUACACCAGAGAAGUCACACGGGUGAGCGUCCCUAUUCGUGUUCAGAGUGUGGGAAAUGCUUUGCUCAGAAAACCUCCUUCCUUAGACACCAAGGAAUUCACACGGGUGAGCGUCCCCAUACAUGUCCAGAGUGCGGGAAAUGUUUUGUUCUGAAAGCAGACUUUCUUUCACAUCAGAGAAUUCACACUGGCGACUAUCCCUAUCCAUGCUCAGAGUGUGGAAAAGGUUUCACUUGCAAAGGAAACCUUCUUACGCACCAGAAAAUUCACACGGGGGAGCGUCCUUUUUCAUGCUCGGAGUGCGGGAGAUGUUUCAGCCAGAAAGCCAGCCUUCUUAGACACCAGAGAUAUCACACAGGUGAGCGUCCCUAUUCAUGCUCCGAGUGCGAGAAAUGCUUCACUGAGAAAGUAAACCUUCUUAAACACCAGAGAACUCACACGGGUGAGCGUCCUUAUUCGUGCCAGGAGUGCGGGAAAUGUUUCACGCAGAAAGACACCCUUCGUGUACAUCAUAGAAUUCACACGGGUGAGCGCCCCUAUGUGUGUUCAGAGUGCGGGAAAUCUUUCACGAAGAAAAAAUUACUUAUCGUGCACCAGAGAAUUCACACAGGGGAGCGUCCAUAUCCGUGUUCAGAGUGCGGGAAGUGUUUCGUUCAGAGGGGAGACCUUCUUAGGCACCAGAAAAUUCACACGGCUGAGCCUUCCUAUCCAUGUUCAGAGUGUGGGAAAUGUUUCACUGAGAAAAAAAGGCUUGCUACACACCAGAAAAUUCACACUGGUGAUCGUCCCUAUUCAUGUCCAGAGUGUGGCAAAUGCUUCAUUGGCAAAGGAACCCUUGUUACACACCAGAAGCUUCACACGGGUGAGCGUCCCUAUUCAUGCUCAGAGUGCGGGAAAAGUUUUGUUCAGAAAGGAGGCCUUCUUAAACACCAGGUGUGUCACACAGGUGUACGUCCCUAUUCAUGUUCAGAGUGCGGGAAAGGUUUCACUGAGAAAGGAAACCUUCUUGCGCACCAGAAACUUCACAAGGGCGAGCGUCCGUUUUCAUGUUCAGAGUGUGAGAAAUGUUUUAUUAAGAAAAAAGACCUUCUUAAACAUCAGAAAAUUCACACCGGCGAGUGUCCCUUUUCAUGUCCAGAGUGUGGGAAAUACUUCACAGAGAAAGGAAGCCUAAUCAAACACCAGAGAAGUCACACUGGCGAGCGUCCCUAUUCGUGUUCAGAGUGCGGGAAAUGUUUUGCUGAAAAGGGAAGCCUAAAUAAACACCAGAGAUGUCACACGGGUGAACAGCCGUUUUUAUGUACAGAGUGCGGGAAAUGUUUCGCUCAGAAAGGAAACCUCCUUAGACACCAGCGAGGUCAUACGGGUAAGCGUCCUUAUUCAUGUUCAGAGUGCGGGAAAUGUUUCACUCAGAGAUCAGUCCUUGUGAAACACCAGAAAACUCACAUGGGGCUGCAGAGCAGGUAGAGUGGGAGCCCCUUGUAACAAGCAUGGUAAAUACAUGGACCUAUAAAUUCUAGAGAUCUAAGUACACCAGGGAACUUUUGCAACCCCAUGAGCCUCAGAUGAUCAGGGGGGGGGGGGUGAUGCACUCCACAUGCUACAAGUAUUCAGUUAUAGUAUUACUUUCCUUAUAUAAAAUAGCACUCAGCUACUCCAAUACUUGCACAGACGGUACUGUGGAUCAAUAUGUGGGCAAAACGCAGGAAAUUGUGAUGGGGUGGAUAACAUCGUGGAUAUCGUGGCAAUACAUGGAGCAACAAAUGGGCAACAGUGCUAAUACAUGGGGGCAACAAAUGGGCAAUCAUGACAAUACACUGAGCGACAAGAGGGCAAUAAUUACACUACAUGGGGCAACAAAUGGGCAUGACAAUACACUGAGUGACAAGAGGGCAAUAAUGACACUACAUGGAGCAACAAAUGGGUAAUCAUGACAAUAGAAGGAGCAUCAAUAGGACAACCAUGUUAAUACAUGGAGCAACUAAUGGAAAAUCAUGACACUACAAGGAGCAACAAAUGGGCAACCAUGACAAUACAUGGGGAAACAAAUGGGCAAUUAUGACACUACAAGGAGCAUCAAAUGGGCAACCAUGACAAUACAUGGAGCAACAAAUCGGUAAUUAUGACAAUACAUGGAGCAACAAAUGGGCAACAUGACAAUACAUGGGGAAACAAAUGGGCAAUCAUGACAAUAGAAGGAGCAUCAAAUGGGCAACCUUGACAAUACAUGGAGCAACAAGUUGGCAAUCGUGACAAUACAUGGGGAAACAAAGGGGCAAUCAUGACAAUACAUGGAGCAACAAAGGGGUAAUCAUGACAAUACAUGGAGCAACAAAGGGGCAAUCAUGUCAAUACAUGGAGCAACAAAUCGGUAAUCAUGUCAAUACAUGGAGCAACAAAUCGGUAAUCAUGACCAUAGAAUGAGCAUCAAAUGGGCAACCAUUACAAUACAUGGAGCAACAAAUCAGUAAUUAUGACAAUACAUGGGGAAACAAAUGGGCAAUCGUAACAAUAGAAGAAGCAUCAAAUGGGAAACCGUGACAAUACAUGGGGAAACAAAUGGGCAAUUAUGACACAAGAGGAACAAAGGGGCAAUCAUGAUAAUACAUGGCGCAACAAAUGGGCAACCAUGACAAUACACGGAGCAACAAAUCGGUAAUUAUGACAAUACAUGGAGUAAGAAAUGGGGAAUCAUGACAAUACAUGGCGCAACAAAUAGGCAAUCAUGUCAAUACAUGGGGAAACAAAUGGGCAAUCGUAACAAUACAUGGCGCAACAAAUGGGUAAUCGUGACAAUAGAAGGAGCAUCAAAUGGGAAACCGUGACAAUACAUGGAGCAACAAGUUGGCAAUCGUGACAAUACAUGGGGAAACAAAUGGGCAAUUAUGA